AUGAUGUCUUUUCGGAACUUUUGGCGUCGCAGCUUUGGAUCAGGUGAUGUGUACAGACCUCCAGAAAAAGAUGAACAUAUGGUUGCUUGUGAUACACUUAUGUCUGAACUAGACUUUCACAUGAAAGAAUUAGACAGAUCAAAGCAAGAACAGCAGCAAGAAGAGCGCAGAAUGAAAACAGGUGUUGACUAUACUUGGCUGAUGGAAUCACAACCCAAAUCCUAUGAGAUCCCUCAGAUGGAAAGGCUUGAGUUGGAAGAGCUUUGCUACAAGGUGUCUGGGUCUGAGUGCACUCAAGUUAUAUCUUUGUUUAGAGAUGCCAUGAUACGUAGUCCUGCAAUGGAAGAUUUACCCUAUAUAAUGAGAUCUUGUGUAAGAAAAAUCUUGGAUGAAAGGCCUGUGCAAGAGACUUUAACAGAAUGGGUUUCCAGGAGAACGCAGAGUAUUGCCAGUUUCUCAGCUUUGUCAAAUCUGCGACUGAAACCAUCUGGUAAAGUGGUGCCCUCAGCUGAAGUUGAGGAUAUUGAAAUGCAGAACAAUGACUUUCAAGACAGGAAAACACGUGCUUUAAGUGUGCCAAAUUUUGCUGUGCAUAAGGAAGGCGGUGCAUAUCCAUUCUAA